AUGCCAGUGUUGGCAUAUACGCAGACCAUGAUUAGCCCUCCGCCUCCAGGACCAUGCUCGAAAGCAUCCAGCACUGCACCACAUAUUCAACGACCGUCACAUCUGAAUGGGGAGAACUCCAACCGUAGAAGAAACCCGCCGAUUCAGGAGAAUUCCAACCGUAGACAUGACCCGUCGGAGGACGAGAACCCCAACCGCGAAAGGGACCCAUCGGAGGAGGAGAAUCCUAACCGCAGAAGAGACGCCGAGAGCCCACCACCCACGACACGCACCGGUACCACCGUACGGAGGAGGAAACGUGACAGAUUAAAGAGAUUCUUCCGACGAUUGCUCUUCCCCAUUCCCUCUUCGAAGCCCCGCAUGAAGUCCUUGAGUUCGAGAAAGAAGAGCAGGUCGAACCCCUUCUACCAGACGCCCAACUCUUCCUCAACUGGAAGCAUCUGCCAGGAGCCCGAUCGCAACGCAAGCUUCUCCACUCUCAACAGCCUUGAGAGACUCGAGGUAGAGAUUGAGGUCAAGCGCCGGAAACGCGAAGCAAAGAUGGCAGCAAAGUACGCGACUACCUCGUUACCUCAAAGCUCACAGUGCGCGCCACUGAUCGAGACGCCAGGCGCGACAAGAGUGAGCGUCGAAGAGCCAGCCGCGAAGCCAGCAGAGCCAACAGAGGGGCAGGCAGAGGCAUCGACAGCACCGACUGACGGACCAAAGCCACAGGGUGCUGGACCGAAAACGCAGACUACUUCCCAGCAUCUUACAGCGGACUCUUAA